AUGUUGGAUGGCUACAACAUGUGUAUAUUCGCUUACGGGCAAACAAGAACGGGUAAAACGUACACUGUGGAGGGUACUCAGCAAAAUCGAGGAAUCAAUUAUAGGACCCUUGAGGAGUUGUUCAAAGUUUCCAAGUGUAGGAGUGCCACUUUUACCUUCGAAAUAUCAGCUAGUGUUCUUGAAGUCUACAAUGAGCAAAUCCGGUACCUUCUAGCUACAUCUCCGCCAUCAAAGAAGUUGGAGAUAAAAGUAGAUUCGGAAGGGUUUCAUUAUGUUUCCGGAGUAGUGGAAGUCAAAGUAGAGGACACAAAUGAAGUCUGGGGUGUACUGCAGACCAAAAGCAGAGCCAGAGCCGUUGGAUCUAAUAAUGUGAAUGAGCAACAGCAGUUUCCAUUGGUAAUGAAUUAA